GAUGGCUGCGUCCCAGCUGCAGAGCACCGUCGGAGGGAGGGGAUUUUGGCCAAGUUCCUGUUCUGGCUGAUGGACACCUAUGUGGUUGAGCUCCUCAAGUCCUUCUUUUACGUCACUGAGACGACAUUCCAGAAGAACAGGCUCUUCUUCUACCGCAAGAGUGUGUGGUGCCACCUGCAAAGUAUCGGCGUCAGGCAACAGUUGGAGAGAAUGGGGCUGCGGGAGCUGUCAGAAUCCGAGGUCAGAGAGCAUCAGGCAGCCGGGCGCGUCCUGCCGAUAUCGGAACUCCGUUUUAUCCCCAAGCCCCGUGGGCUUCGACCCAUUGUGAACAUGGACUACAUCGUGGGCCCCAGAGCUGUCUACAGAGAGCAGGAGGCCCAGCAUUUCACCAAGCACAUCAAGACCCUGUUCAGCGUGCUCAACUACGAGCGGCUGCGGCGUCCCGAUCUCCUGGGGGCCUCCAUGCUGGGCAUGGACGACAUCUUCACUGCCUGGCAGGCCUGGGUGCUGCGCGUGCGUGCCCAGAGCCCGGCGCCCACGCUGUACUUUGUGAAGGCAGAUGUGACCGGGGCCUACGAGUCCAUUCCCCGGGACAGACUUGUGGAGGUGGUAGCCAGGGCCAUCCGGCCCGGAGAGAACACCUACUGCAUCCGUUGCUACGCCAUUGUCCAGAGGGCCUUCGGGGGCCACAUCCACAGGUCCUUCAGGAGACAGGCCUCCACCUUCACGGACCUGCAUCCCUCCAUGCGCCAGCUCCUGGAGCAUCUGCAGGACACAUGUGCCCUGAAGGAAGCCAUCACCGUCGAGCAGAACUGCUUACUGAACGUGGACAGCAGAGGCCUGUUUGACUUUUUCCUGCACUUUGUGUACCACAGUAUCAUGCGGAUUGGCAAGAGGUUCUACAUCCAGAGCCAGGGGCUCCCCCAGGGCUCCAUCCUGUCCCCGCUGCUCUGCAGCCUGUGCUAUGGAGACAUGGAGAACACGCUACUGUCUGAGAUUCAGCAGGAUGGGGUGCUCUUGCGAUUGAUUGAUGACUUUCUGUUUGUGACACCUCACAAGGCCAAGGCGAAAGCUUUCCUCAGGGUCCUGGCCCAAGGCGUCCCUCAGUACGGCUGUGAGAUAAAUGUGCAGAAGACGGUGGUGAACUUCCCUCUGGAGGAUGUGGCCCUGGGCGGGGCCGUGCCGGUCCAGCUGCCCGCUCACUGCCUCUUCCCCUGGUGUGGGCUGCUGCUGGACACCCAGACGCUGGAGGUGUUCUGCGACUACUCCAGCUACGCCCAGACCUCCAUGAGGAGCAGCCUCACCUUCCAUCGCGGCCUCAGGGCGGGGCGGAGCAUGCGUCACAAGCUCCUGGGAGUCUUGCGGCUGAAAUGUCACAGCAUCUUCCUGGACCUGAAGGUGAACAGCCUCCGGACCGUGUGCAUAAAUGUGUACAAGAUCUUCCUGCUGCAGGCCUACAGGUUCCACGCCUGUGUGCUGCAGCUGCCCUUUGACCAGGGCGUGCGGAAGAACCCUUCCUUCUUCCUGAGCGUCAUCUCGGACACGGCAGCCUACUGCUUCUCCAUCCUGACGGCCAAGAACACAGAGCUGUCACUAGGAUCCAAGGGGGCCCUAGGCCCUUUUCCGUCUGAGGCUGCACAGUGGCUCUGCUUCCGGGCCUUCCUGUGCAAGCUGGCCUGCCACCGUGCCACCUACAAGUGUCUCCUGGCACCACUCAGGACAGCCCAGACACAGCUGUGCCGGAAGCUCCCCAAGGCCACACUGGCCAUGCUGGAGGCUGCCGCCGACCCGGCCCUGACCACCGACUUUAAGACCAUCUUGGACUGACACGGGCCUCACCGUCAGGACUAGCUCAGCACCAGCUCUGGCCGCACCGAGGCUGGCCUAUCCCAGGAGCCUCGUGGUCUCCCCGAGACCUGCACUGUGGUGGCAGUGUGUGGUCUGUCCCGGUGCCUCACCUCCCAGGGUGGGCUCCGUGUCCUCCCUCGUG